AUGGUAGCCGGUUUUGUACCUACGACUGCCCCUUAUGUUCCAACUCCACAUGAAGCAUGUUCAUUUUGCUCCAAUCCAUCGCAUAAGGUAAAAGAUUUUCCUAUCAUUGGACAAUUUUCUGAAGUUCCUCCCGAGCAAGUGAAUGCAACUUUUUCCAGACUGGCCCCUCCUCCUCAUAGGAAUUCUGCUUUUGAGGAGAAAGUAUUGACUGUACUUGGCAACCUUGAGGCAAAUACUCAAAUGCUGAAUUCUCAUUUACAAUCGAUUGCCAAGUUAGAAGGUCAAGUUGAACAGCUGGCAAAUUCACUUAAUAAGAGAAAAGAAGGAAAACUUCCCUCCCAACUAGUAGCCAACCCUAAGGGACAAUACAUGGUAGAUGAGAAUGUUUCAGAUAGCACAACCCAUGAGCAAGUCCAAGUGGUCACAACAUUAAGGAGUAGAAGGAUAGUUGAUAACAAGGUUGGAAAGGAAGCCAUUGAGGAGGAUGAAACCCUGCAAAAUCCAAAUAUACCCCUAAAAAAUCCAAAUGGAAAGUCAAAAACUACUCUUGAGACAUCUUAUGAGCCCAGAGCUCCAUUCCCUGAACUUCUCAAAGAGUUUACUUGUGCUAGAAAACAAGGAGAAAAGUUUCAAGAGAUGAUGAGAAUUUUUAAACAGGACCCUGGUGCUCCAACCAUUUCUUGUAUCAUUGGAGACCAUGCUAUUGAGAAGGCUUUCCUUGACUUAGGUCCAGGUGUUAAUUUGCUUCCUUACUUGGUGUAUAUCCAGUUAAGAUUUGGAGAAUUGAAACCCACUACAGUUGUCUUACAACUUGCUGAUAGAUCCGUUAAGAAACCUUGUGGUAUCAUUGAAGAUGUGAUCAUAAGAGUGGAGAAGUUCUUCUUCCCUGUAGACUUCAUUGUUCUUGAUACAGAACCUGUCCCAGAUCCCACUAAGCUUAUCCCUGUCAUCUUGGGACGUCAUUUCUUAGCUACGACUAAUGCAUGUAUAAAUUGUAGGAUCGAGGAGAUGGAGGUAACUUUUGGGAACAUGAAAGUAAAGUUGAACAUUUUCAAUGCAUUUCAACAUUCGUCGGAUACAAGCCAGAACGCAGCUGGCAAUUACAAGCUUAGACUUAGAAACACAGGAAUGAAACAUUACAAGUGUUUGGCUUAUGAGAGGUCCAGGCUUCAGAAGGGCUCAGGGCUGGAAUCACGGGAUACCAGCGUGCUUAGGCUUGUCAGGCGUGCACCGAAAGCAGAAGGAAUCUGCUUUUACUUCGGGUAA